CCUGUCUGACGUCAGGCUGGUCUUAUGGGCACAUCGUUAAUGCAAUCCCGCUUGUUCAGUUGGGCAUCGGGCUGGGCAUCGGCCCAACAUCAUCACGUGCAUGACCACUCCGCAGCGUUUGGGUUUAUUCGAAUAUUCAUGCGGACAUAAUUCCCCGCAUCUUUUUUUACUGUGAGCCCUCUCGAAGAGGGAUCUUGGUUUUUCGCUGCGGUCGCACCCCGAAGGAGCUGCGACUGACAGCCUUCAGCCGCCAUGAGAGCCCUGAAGGAUCAAAUGAAGAAGAUGAACCCCUUCAUCAGCACCAAAACUCUGAGCAUCUCUUUGGUUGGGCCCGAGGACGAUUCGGCGCCGAGACUUUGGAGGAUACGCACGCCGAAGGCCAGUAAGCAGGGGCAGCCGCGGAAGGAAAUUACGAAGAUAUCCGACAGCAAGUUGCGCAGCAUGUACGAGGUGGAAGGACAAGUCAUGGAGUCCAUACACCCCGGCGCAGAGGUUAUCCUCGGCAGGCGGCUGUCCAGCAACGAGGAGGUGGUGGUGAAGACGCGCGACAAAUCUGCAUCCUUUCAUGGGCCUGCGGAUGAGCGCGAAUGGCGAGAGACGACGACGACGCAGCUGAACAUGCCUAAGAUCGAGAACAUGUGCGAGUACAUUGCAGUCUACGAGACCCGGGACAAGUAUUACAUUGUCAUGGAACGGGUCAAGGGGAUGGACUUGUUCGAGCAUUUGAAGCAAGGGCAGAUCAGGCAGGAGGAUGCGCGGCAGAUCUUGUUCCAGAUGCUCCAAGCACUCGAGGAGAUGCAUGCGUGUGGCAGGAUACACAAGGAUCUGAAGCUGGAAAAUGUCGUGGUGAACUUGCCAUCCCCCAGGAUGUGCAGUGUCAGCUCCAACGGCUUCACGACGUCCGCACAAGUGAAAUUGAUUGACUUCGACACCGCUCAGGACUGGGAGACUACGAGCCCAAAGGCCAAGGUAGUCGUUGGCACCGCUGGAUACAUCGCCCCAGAGGCCUAUUCUGGAGACUACUCGCCAGCGUCGGACAACUACGGCGUCGGCGUCAUUAUGUACAAGCUGCUGACGGGCAGGUUCCCAACCAGGCGGGAGAUAUUCGAUUCCCUGCCUGGCGAGAAUUGGGUCGGCAGUCCCGCGAUGAAGCGCAUACAGGACCGCCUCACGAGCGAGAGGGUAGACUUCACGCAGCCUCCGCUGGACCAGUUGCCAGACGCCCGAGACCUUGUGAAGAAGCUACUGGCCUCCGACGCCAGCGAGCGCCCAUCGGCCGCCGGGGCGCUUCGGCACCCGUGGUUCCAGCACGCGGACAGCCGGCGGCACGGCAGCAGGUCAGCUUCGUCGAAGUCCACAACCGCGGGCAGCAGUUCAGCUUCGCACGGCGAGUGCAGAGAGUCCUCGAGCAGCUGGAUCACCGUGCCCCAGUGGCACUCGGAGGCAGAGAGCACCUCCUUGCCUGGCGAGCUGGCGUGAGCCCCCCUGCGCUGCGGCAGGGGCUGCUGCGCAGCUCGGGCCUGGCUCCCGGUGCGGCUGCCGCUGCUCCUCCGUCCCCUCCCCCUCCGCGCACGCCGCUCGCGCCCUUCCCGUCUUCCUCCUCCAUGCCCUGCGGGCGACGGGUCUCAUCUCUCCGGCUCCUCCAGGGAUCCCGCGCCGCAUGCGCACACUGUUUCUUUUGCGCUUGGGGUGCCACACUGGGCGCCAGCGCGCUGUUCUCUCUGGGGAGCGUCCCCCACAGACCUUUCAGACAGAGCUGGUCCCUUGCUCUGCCUCUCCCGCUUCUGGCGCCGCUGGCUCUUUCCGGCCGUAAACACUGCUGCGGACUGGUUCGAGCUGAAUCGCCACUUGUAAUUGUUGUUUCUCCGAGGGCUGUUGCAUUUCCGCCGAAUCAAGUGUUUCGGUUCGGGCUUGCGUUCGAGCCUUAUUAUCUAGGUCUCCCACAAGGGGAGUCCCGCUUGUGCGUGACGAUGAGCCUAGACAUUUCAAUCCUGCGAAUUCCCUGACGUCUACGAAGUCAGGUGCCCCGCACUGCCAGCUAUGGUUUCGCGAAUCCUGAGGGCCACAUGAGCGAAGCCUCUCCGAUGCCCAUCGGGGGGACUGCCGCGGCAGAGGCCAACUGGCCUGGCCAGAUGUGGCCAGAUAGUGCAACAAGGCAGAUAUGUCCGUAGAAGUGGCCAAGCAAUGUCGCAAUACAGUUUUCUCUUUGUAGUAUUUUGUCACGAGGUGGCUUGCGCCUGCAUGGUUUCAGCUGUUGGCCGACCAAGACAGUUUAUGCCUGUUGUAUAAAAUGCUUCCUUGCGCCUCGGCUAAAUGUGUUGACCGGUAGAGAAAGAUUGUGUACAGAGCGCACGACCUGCAGGGCCUUUCGCCCCCGAGUCACGUCUCGUUAUGUGGGCCCACUGGCCUUGAUCCGUACGUGCCGCAUCGAGCCGGGGUGCUGCGGAACAGCCUGCUGCCCAGCGAGCAGAAGCCCGACGCCGCGCUCGCGUGAGGACGUCAACAGGCCGCCGACGCGAGCCCACCUGUCCGACGCUCCCGCUGACUGCAGCCCCCUCCUCUGCCCCGCAGCUUCCCCCGCGCCAGGGGCCCGAAGACCCCGGCCUCCCCCCGCGCGCGCGAGCUCGAGGGCCCCUGCCGAGGGCUCUCCGGGGCGGCCGCCGAGGGCCUUCGGCGGGCCUCCGAGGGCCGCCACGGAGGCCUCCGCGCGGCCUCGCGCCGCCCCGCGCUGCGCUCUGCCCGCCCGCGCCCUC